CGUCGAAUCCAGUCUUCUCGCGAUAUUUCCCAGCGACGAGAAACAACCAGAAGCUACGAUGCUAACAGCUUCUUAGCAUCGUUGUGUAGUGGCGAUUUCGCAUGUAGUUAGAUGGAAAAACAACGCCCGACUGUUUAUAAGGUGGAUUUGAAGAUGUAGCCAACAGAGGGUCUUCUCUGCAGUACCUGAUAACAGCGACCCCUGCCCUCCGCCUCGGCCACCAACCCUGGAGCAGCUCGACUCCUAACCAGGGCUGCCCAGUGCUCGACUCAGCCGUCCUCAGUCAGUCCGUCCCUGGUUGAAGACCUCCCUGUCCUCAACCAUGCUGUUCUCCCUGAGGGAACUGGUCCAGUGGCUGGGCUUCGCUACCUUCGAACUCUUCCUCCACCUGCUGGCUCUGCUGAUCUUCAGCAUGCUGGUCGCCCUGCGGGCCGAUAUGUUUACCCCGACGCUGAGCUGGUGGCUGGUGUUCGUCCCGCUGUUCGCCGCCGACGGCCUCAGCACCUACUUCACGGCCAUCGUGUCCAUCCGGCUGUACCAGGAGAACGAGAAGCGCCUGGCGGUGCUGAGGCUCCUCUGGGUGCUGACGGUGCUCAGCCUGAAGCUGGUCUGCGAGGUCCUGCUGUGCCAGAAGUUAGCCGAACAAGAACAAGCCAGAGACCUGUGGUUCGGCCUCAUCGUCUCGCCACUGUUCAUCCUGCUGCAGCUGCUGAUGAUUCGAGCGUGUCGGGUCAAUUAGCCGAAGUGUUUUCCCGUCACUGACAACACAGGAGAGAGAGCAGUGUUCAUCUGCCGACAGAGAUUUAAAGCAUAGCGUUGGCGUAAUUUUUCUUUUGGCUCAUUCCCACAUUUUUACAAAAACAGUAGACAUGAGUUUGUCAUGUUGCAGGCCACACUAAAAUCUAGUUUUCUAGAAUUAUUUUUUCAUAGCAUCAAAAUCUGCAGAAAUCUCCUGACCUGCUCGAGUUCCAAUGCAGUAUUUUGAAAAAGAAGAAACAAGAAGCAGAGAAUUACUUAACUCGAUGUAUUCUGAGCUUAUUUUGUACCAGGAUAGAUGACUUUAUGACUACAAAGAGUCAGAUGUGUAUUUGGAACACAGGAGUGCCUCUUCGUUGUGCAAUCACUGAUAGACAAUGAGCCAGGAGGAAAAUGAACUCCAGCGUUAUGGUUUAAUGCGUAUGUGCACAGUACACGUGUAAAUUUAAUGAACAGGGGAGAUCUUAAGGCAACUCGAGAGUAAGAGAUUCCAAAGAGUUGUUGCAGCUUUGUUGCUUUUGUCCCUCAAAGGAAGACACUGCUCGCCCAUAAACAUCUGGUUAGUUUAUUCUCUCGUGUGUCACUUUGUUGCCUGUUGCUGAGUGUCGCUCAUUCGACGUCCCCCUGAAACUCCAUCAGUGAGAACGGUCUGGACUGGAAGAAGCUCGGUUCAGUCUCACCCUGAUGCAGAAGGACUGAAUGUGAUUUUUUUUUUUUUUUAAUUUCCCCAGGAGAUCGUGUGCACACAUCUUCCCCAAGAAUCGCUGUUUACUUUCACAAUAUGUAACGUACUUGAUCCGUUUCCGAUCACCCUGUGUAUGCACCGCAUGUAUUUAAGGCCUCGUUUUAAGGUAAUUCCUGAUGUGAAAUUCUGUGGAUUAUGUAUAUGUUGAUUUUUGGAAAGAAAUUCACCAAAUCCUUAUUUAUGUUCUGAAGUUUUUGCUAUGGCACCUUUAUUGUCAUGUGUGUAUAUACGUGUAAAUAAAACAUCAACAUUUAA